AUGCAGAUGUUAAGGGAAAGGAUGGCCAAACUGUCCUCUGGGAUGCAGCGAACCAUCGCGUGGUUUAAAGCUAGAUGCAUCGCCAGCCCGAUGGCACUCAUCUACGUACUGCACAUGCUCUGGCCCGAAUUUCGCCCAUUCAGCAUUCUGUUUGUGAUUGCGAUUGGAUUUCUCUGGCAUCGCUCAGCGAUCGAACCGUGUCCAUCGUUAAAAACAUCUCCACUAGGCGAGAUUUGUGGCCAGAUAUGGGCGCUGCGAACGACACGUCCGAUCAGUAUGGUGGUUGGCAGUGUGGCAGGCGUGCUAACCCUUGUCUACCUAGUUUGGAACGUGGUACCGCUGUGGCUGUCCCUAGCAAUCGCCGGUUUGCUAGUGUACUGGGAUCGAUGGCAGUUUGGCGGUACAAGCACGUUCAGCAAUCUACCAAGUUUGCGCGACACGAUCACCGAACAGGAAAUUGACGAAUUUGUACCGGAACUGACGGAGGUGAGUCGUGUGCUUUUGCAGGAGGUAGGUGAGCAGGGUGCGGACACAAUGCCGUUGGCAGAGGGUACCACAUCCAGUGCGGUUAGCAGAAGCAAUGCGGAAGAGGAUGAAGAACUCUUCCUGAAGACGCUCAUACCGGAAGCGAGCAGCAACGAUUUCGAAUCAGCCGAACUGAGCGGUUCGAGCAGCGACGAACGGUACUUUCUUGAGAGUCCGGUCGCAAGGAAGACGGGUUCCAGUCGGUUACACACGAAGCACGGGGCCGAGAAACCGAUCGAGUUCAAAAGUAGCCAUUUUAAUGCGAACAGUUCCUCCGACUCGGAUGACAACAUGUCACGGGGCCUAAGCUUUGCGGAUGACGGCGAUGGUGUGAGUCGACGCAGGCCACAACAGCAACAGCCGGACAUGAUGAUGAGCGCGACCAGCAUAGCAAGUAAUGUCCUGAUGGACGCGAUGUGCAAACGUUUGCUGGAAGGAGGAACCCUGCAGCAGCAGUCACAGCAGCUUCCGUCCGGUGGUUUCGAUCAACGGAAUCCUCUGGUUGCCUCGAUUAGUAGCACGAUACAGGCUCUACGGGGGCAAACGGUACAGCUAACGGAAGAGGUAGAUAUCGAAUCAAGCGAUGCGGACGAGGAUAGCGAUUUUGAAAUGCUCAACUCAGAGGAACUGAACAACUUAUGAGCACGAUGAGAUGUUU